AUGUCCGAGGCUCAGCUCAGAACCGCCAGGCGACUCGGCCAGUUGGCCAGCCAUGACGCUUAUAUUCUCAGUGCUGCCAGAACACCCACAGCAAAGUUCAACGGCUCCUUCACCACCGUUCCCGCUCCCCAGCUUGGCGCCACCGCCAUCAAGGCCGCUCUCGAGAGAUCAAAAGUCCCGGUAGAAAAGAUCUCCGAUGUGUACAUGGGCAAUGUUCUCGGAGGAUCCAUUGGUCAGGCUCCGGCCCGCCAGGCCGCCAUCUUCGCCGGUCUUCCCACGUCCGUCGAGGCCAUCACCAUCAACAAGGUCUGCGCUUCCGGCCUCAAGGCCGUUGCUUUUGCGGCGCAAAACAUCCAGCUCGGCCUAGCCGAGGCUCAGAUCGCCGGUGGCAUGGAGAGCAUGACCCGAGUGCCUUACUAUCUGCCCCGCGCCAGCGGCCUGCCUGCAUUCGGCAACGUGACCUUUGAGGACGGAUUGAUCAAGGAUGGUCUGACCGACGUCUACAACAAGUUCCACAUGGGCAACUGCGCCGAGAACACAGCCAAAGUUCACAACAUCACGCGAGAGCAGCAGGACGAAUACGCCAUUCAGUCGUACAAGAACGCGCAAAAGGCGUGGGCUGACAAGGCAUUCGCCGACGAGAUCACCCCCGUGACCGUCAAGACCAAGAAGGGGGACAUCGUCAUCGAAGCGGACGAGGGCUACCUCGACGUCAAAUUCGACAAGAUCCCUACCUUGAAGCCUGCCUUUGUCCGCGACGGAACGGGGACCGUGACCGCCGCCAACGCCUCGACGCUCAACGACGGUGCCAGCGCUCUGGUCUUGGGCAACAGGGCCAUCGCACAGCAGUACGGAUCCAGCUCUCGCGUCCUGGCUAGAGUGGUCUCUCACGCCGACGCUGCCGUCGACCCCGUCGACUUCCCCGUUGCUCCCGCCAAGGCCAUUCCCCUUGCCCUCGAGCGCGCAGGAAUCACCAAGGAUCAGGUCGCAAUUUGGGAGAUCAACGAGGCCUUUGCGGGCGUUGUUCUGGCCAACAAGAAGAUCCUCGGCAUCGAGAACGCCCGCGUCAACCCUCUGGGCGGCGGCAUCUCUCUCGGCCACGCCCUGGGUAGCUCCGGAUCUCGAAUCCUCACAACGCUUCUGCACCAGCUGAAGCCUGGUGAGUAUGGUGUGGCGGCUAUCUGCAACGGCGGAGGUGCUGCCACGGCCAUGGUUGUGCAGAGAAUCGAGUCUGUAUAA